AAAAAAUGGUAUCGGUGCAUCCCUAACUAUAAUCCAAUUAUGUAUUAUAUUUUCUAAGGGGUACCAACAAAUGUGCCCUGACCAUUUUAGAAUAUCUUUGUAGAAUAAGCAAUAAUUCAUCUCUUUCCACAGCUUCUUUGCUUUAUUCUAUGACAUACCAAAGGCAUGCAAGUAUGCAUGAUAGAAUAGCUUUUAAUUUCAUCACUCUUCAGGAGGAAUGAAGCAUUAUUUCAAUGAGCUGUAAGGGUACCAACAAAUUUGAGCACGUCUGUAUAUAUAUAUAUGUUUUAUUUUUUAUUAUGGAAAUCUGUGUAUGAUGUUUCAGAGAUAUAUCACGGGGUUAUGAGGAGAUCCCUGUGCCGUGUGUGAAUGGGGUGGACCAUGAGCCCUGCCCCAUCAACUUCAAAUACGUUCCAGAGAGCUGUUUCACCUCUCAAGUCAAUAUAGAUGAGAACAUAACACACUUACAGCACUGUAGCUGUAAAGGGGACUGUGCUUCUAGCAGCUGUAUCUGCGGUCAGCUCAGCAUGCGCUGUUGGUAUGACAAGGAUGGCCGCUUGCUGAAAGAUUUCUGCAGGGAUGACCCACCCUUCUUGUUUGAGUGCAACCAUGCAUGUUCCUGUUGGAGAACAUGUCGCAAUAGAGUGAUACAGAAUGGGCUCAAGGUGGGACUACAGGUAUUUAGGACUGAGAAGAUGGGCUGGGGGGUCCGCGUACUGCAGGAUAUUCCUGAGGGAGCUUUCAUAUGCGAGUUUGCAGGUGAGAUCAUUUCAGAUGGAGAAGCUAAUGCUCGAGAUGACGACUCGUACAUGUUCAACCUAGAGAAUAAGGUUGGACAGGUCUACUGCAUCGAUGCUCAAUUUUACGGUAAUGUUGGCAGGUUUAUAAAUCAUCAUUGCGACCCUAAUUUGUUUCCGGUACGUGUGUUCACCAAACACCAGGACCUCCGCUUUCCUCGAAUUGCACUCUAUGCAAGCAGGCCUAUUCACACUGGAGACGAGUUAGGGUUUGACUAUGGCGAUCCCUACUGGCAAAUCAAGAAAAAGUACUUCUCUUGUCAUUGUGGCUCGGCAAAAUGUAGAUACUCCAUUCUGGGCCAGGACAAUGCGGAAGGCUCAGUCCGAGCACACAGUGAUCAGACCGCUGCUCAGGUGGAACACAUUCAGUCAGCUAACACAAUUGUAGCAAUAGUGCAACCCUGAGCCCUGCUUCAUAAACAUGGACCUUCAACAAUUAACUGCAUGCAGGAGUACAAUGCAUUGUUUUGCAACUCCCAGCUCCAAGGAAAAAACUGAACAAAGAUAAAACAUCAUUUAUUUUAUAUCAGAGAGCCAUUGGACAGCAUUUGCAAUUUGAACAGAAUGAAUAUUUAAGGGAGUGUUUUACAGAAAUUUGUUUCUCUAGAAUCAUGGAGAGGAUCCGUAAUUGUAUGAAAAAGCAUACAUUAUCCAAGUAAAUGGAUUGAGUAUUUUUUAGAAAUAACAUUUUAUACAUCCUGUAUUAAAUGUAAAUGAAUUUUAGCAUUUUAUCAUGAUCAGAAAUGGUGGAGAAAAUUACUGCACAAUUUUUUAAUUAUCAGGGCUGUUUUCUAAGUUUGUUCCGCACGUUGACAUUUUACUAUGAAUUUCAAUAUCAUGCCCAUAAGAAAUAAAGCUUUCCAUGGUGUUUUUAAUUAUUAA